AUGGGUGUUGUUUUCAGGAAUUUAAGGGUGGCAUUAUGGGAUCCCCAACUCAGAAAUGUUCAAGAAGUGCUUGAUGAAAUGGGCCAUCCUAGUAUACCACUAAGUGUUAUUUCUAAAGCUGCAGAACUCCAGUUCCAAUAUACUGUUGACAAAGUGCUCUUGGGUAAUAGGUGGUUGCGGAAAGCAACAGGCAUACAGCCGAACUUUCCAUAUAUGGUUGACUCAUUUGAAAGAAGAAGUGAAGUGUCUUUUUUGAGAGUUACAGAGUCAAGCAGCUGCCCGGAUAACUCUAAAUUGGAAGAUGAUGCUAAACAUACUGGAUGUACAGACUCUUCUGAAUAUAGUUUGGAUGACGGCACUGAAAAAGUAGGGUUAUCAAGAAAAGGUGUAAAUAAAGAAUAUUCUAAACAAAAUACCUUUCUUCCAAAAAUUACAAUGGUUGGUCUCUCUACAGAAGAAGCAGGCCAGAUGAGCAAAUCUAGUUUGAAAAAAACAAUGGAUGAAUUGACAAAAGAGUUGGAGAAGACAGAACUAGAUAAUAUAACUGAUGGUGGUAGUAAUGAGUACAAAUUAGAAGAUGAUAGGGAUCCACUAUUUGUAGCUAAUGUGGGUGAUUAUUAUUCUAGUAUUGGAAGGACAAGAACUCCUCGUUGGAUUCGAGGAGGGUCAAACUAA